GUAGAGAAGAGAAGAGAUGCACCCCAGCGCGCUUCACGAAUCAGCAGUUCAACACCGAGUUUUGCUGCUGAAGCUUUCAGCAUCAGACCUGACCCGUGCUGGUGCCGCACCGUGGGGACAUCUGAAUUUCUAACGUGGGCCCAUGGGGCCUACGGCCCAGAGCCCCAGCGUACCAAUAGCUUGGAGAUGGAAUUUGGCAAAGGCUAUAUAUUUCCUGGUCUAAACUUAGUUACUCCCUUGCCUUGAAUUCUUCCGGUUUCCACUGGUUGCAGUUAUUCCCGUUCCCGCCAGAGCCCAAAGGUGACAAAUACGUUUACUCACUAAUACAUGUUGUUUGGGUUUCCCUCCUGUGUCCUGACCAAAUCUGGAAUCUGGAUCCCUUAGCAGAGCGUUCGCUAGAAUCCAAUCGACACACAUUAACAUGGGUUCUUCAGAAUCCACUCUCUCAACUUCACAGUCGCAGGAGCCCGUCGACAAAAUCACCAUCGUUUCCGAGAGAGUAGAGGAUGUAGAUCCCCUCUUUGAACGCCUCAAAUCUCUCAAAAUCGCAACGCCGAUACUCACGUCUUCUCCUGUGAAAAACAGUUUGACUGAUAUUAUUAUGUGGAAGUCCUCAUCGUCUUCGGUUCCAGGUCCUGUACUCCUGCCGUUGUUGUUGUUGAGAAGGAGGUUUCUGUUGUGGUCGUUGUUCUUGACUUCUUGUCGUGGUACUUUAAAUCCUGAGGUGCUGUUGGAACUCUUCUCCAUAUACCAUGAUUGUAAGGCCAAAAAAAUCAGCCAGAGACAGGGGGAGAUGGAAAACAAAAUAGAAGUGGCCGAUGCUUUAGCUGUCAAAGUUCUUCAGCAUUUUAAUUUCUCAGUGUCAAUUAUGAGGACAACAGCAUAUCAUCUCUUUGAAGUUCAGCCGUUGCAGGUGGAGGUCGGAGAGUUGAAAGGAAGGCUGACCGAGGUAAUCAAUAGUUGUGAUGAGUUGUGCAAAAGAAUUGCUACAGAGGGUCCAGAGUCACUUAGAUCAUCUGUAAAGCCGUUUGCUGGAACAACUGACGUAGGAGCGACUAGUCGUGGCUAUGCUUUGCAAGAUGGCUCAAAAAGAAAAAUCCCUACUGCUUAACGCUGAACUAACCUGAUUGGAGUUUUUAUUUUUGUAAAUAAGUAUUCUUUUAUUGGAGACCGAGGGAAAGUCGGAUUACCUUUUCUUGUUUAUGUUUAUUUCCCCCUUUUUUCUCCUUUAGCCUUUAGGCUGUGCGUGGUUCGAAAGCAAAGGUAGGGAAAGGAAGGGAAAGAGAUGCAUUGAUACCCGGGGUCUUUGAGCCAAUUGGAUCUCUUUUUGGCUUUACAUUGCAUUUGAUUCGAUGAUAAAUGAGAGUAUGAGAUAAAGUGUACAUGGGUUGUUAAAAUUGAACUGUAAUUUUUGUAUUUUGGAAACUUUGUAGUUUGUACUAGAAAAGAAAGGAAAUGAAGUCACUCACUUCUAUGA